AUGCGUCUAUCCAGCCUGCUGCCCCUUCACACUCUCUAUGUGACCCUGUCUCUCUCUGCACAGCACUUCCCUUCCUGGGGUCACUAUGACCUGUGUAAGACCCGGGUCCACUGGGACCAAGGGAUGAGUUGGGAUUACAUGGCCUGCCAACCUGAGGCCACCUUGCUCACCAGGUUCCUUAAGAUCAGUCUGGAUCCCCCCAACAGCACGUGUGGAGAGACCCCUGAGAUGUACUGCACUCUGGAGAACCCGUACAUGUGCAACAACGAGUGUGAUGCUCACACACCCGAGCUGGCCCACCCUCCCGAGCUGAUGCUGGAUGAUGAAGGCAGGAUUCCCACCAGCUUUUGGCAAAGUGUGUCCUGGAGGAGUUUCCCCAGACCCCUGGUGGUCAACAUCACCCUGUCCUGGGGGAAGAGCAUUGAACUGACCGAGGACAUCAUCAUCACCUUCGAGUCAGGCCGGCCGGAGCAGAUGGUCCUGGAGAAGUCUCUGGACCACGGGCGGAGCUGGCAGCCCUACCAGUUCUACGCAGCCGACUGCCUCAACUCCUUCGGGAUGGAGCCGAGAAAGGCUCGGGAUCUGAGGCCGGCCUCGGUGCUGGACAUCAUCUGCACGGAGGAGUACUCCAGGGGCUACGUGUGGAAGGUGGACAAGACGGUCCACUUUGAGAUCCAGGAGCGCCUGGCCCUGUUCGGGGGGCCCCGCCUUGGGGACAUGGCCUCACUGUACGGCCAACUGGACACCACCAAGGAACUGAGAGACUUCUUCACCCUGACCGACCUGCGGGUCAGGCUGCUGCGGCCGGCUACUGGACCCACCAGCGUCGACCCCAACAAUCUCUCCAAGUACUUCUACGCCAUCUCCAACUUGGACAUCCGUGGCCGGUGCAAGUGCAACCUUCACGCUAACAACUGUGUCAUGAAGAAGGGGAAGCUGAGCUGUGAAUGUGAGCACAACACGACGGGGCCGGACUGCGGUCGAUGCAAGAAAGGUUUUCACGGCCGGAGGUGGAGGGCGGGAUCGUACCUACCGAUCCCCAAAGGGACGGCCAAUAUCUGUGAGCCCAGUAUCUCAUCACUUGAGACAGAGGUGUGUGAUAACCUGCUGACACGGUGUGAGAACGGAGGAGUGUGUGAGGAGAACGGGAGGUGCCGGUGCCCAGCUCCCUACACCGGGCUCCUGUGUGAGAAAGUCCAGUGCAGGAAGGGAGCGGGAGGCUGCGUCUCCCAAUCGGCCCGGGAGCCCUCCCUGCACCGGGCGCUGCUCUCGCUGACCGCGCUGCUCACCGCUGCCCGCGGCUGCUCACUGCUCUGAGCCGCUUCCAGUACCACCCGAAAGCUGAGGAGAGCGGCAGGACAAAUCCAGCGUUUACUGCGAUGCCGUUCAAACACGCACCACCCCUCCCUCUCUCUCCUCCCACAUCUCCGCAUUCCCGGCAAAGGAUAACUGCAAGUGAGGUCUGAACCCACCCAGUCACCCAGGCCGAUUGGAUCUCAGAAAGGAAUGGACAGUCGGUGGGGAACUGGACUCUGUGUCUCCUCACGGGACUCAGGCAGCUCCCCAUAAUUCAUUCUCUCAACUGUCAGCUGAGUAUUCCAUGUUCUACUUUGGGACAAAGAAAAGGGACUCAUAUUUUACAUAAUCUUUCACCACCUCAGGACAUUUCUAAAGUGCAUUUAUAGACAUUGCAAGACCUCUGGAACAAACAGCAAUGUGACAAUGACCAGAUAAUCUGCUUUUGGAUGUUGUUCGAAGCAUAAAUAUUGGUCAAGAUUCCCAGGGUGAAUUCCCCAACCCAUUGUUCUUGGAGUGACUGUGCAAUAUUUGACACCCAGUUGAGAUGGCUUGCUUCACUGUUUGAUCUGGAAACAGUACUGGUGGUGCAGCACUCAUUUCCUUCAAUAUUCCUGCCUCUCUCUAUCUAUCUCUUUCUCCCUUACUCAGCUCUGUCCACCCCUUGCUCUUCCUUCUCCCUGUCUCCCUAAUUCCCUGUCUCUCCCUUGCUGUGGACAGUGCCUGCCUGGGAACAUGAGAAGAAGGAAAGUAUUUGGGGAAGAGUGUGCUCAUGGGUUCUGCACCUCUUGAAGCUUUUCCCAUGGCGUGGGGGGAGGUGUUUUCUGGCCAAGUUGCACAUGCUGGGAGGCACUGAAAGGAUCUUCCCACAGUGUCACAUGGUGGGAAGGAAUUUAUUGACAAUUUUGGCUUUCCAUACCUCUGAACAAGAGCGGUGAGUGAGUGCUGGAGCAGACAAUAUUAACCAAUCAUUGCUAUUUAUGGGAUCUUGGUUUUCUCAAACUAGCUGCUGUGUUUCCCACAUUAUAACAGCAAUUACACUUGUUAAGUACUUAAUGGCUUGUGAAACACUUCUCCAUCCACCGUCACGUUGUGCUGAGUUUAU